CAGGGAUGGGGAACCCCCCCCUCCCUGGGCAGCCUGUGCCAAUGCAUCACUGCUCUUUGGAGAAGGAAUUGUUCCUAAUAUCUGACCUGACCAUGCCCUGGUGCAACUUAAGGCCAUCCUCCUUCGUCCUGUUUCUUCUGAGGCGGUCAGAAACAUGAAUAACUUUGGGAUUGGGGCUCUGGGAUUUAGCAACUCACUGUGCUUUAGGAGGAGUAGGAAACGGUCCUCUUUUGUGAUUUGUUUUUGUAAUACUUACCCUGGGUAUGUCAGGCUAAAAGACAGCCUACUACUGGGUUCCUAAGAUGUUCAUGUGUCCAUUCCUUCAUCAGUUGUUCAUCUGUGGUGCAUCGAGUGAGUACUGAGGGCUUGUUUGAGGAGACACCGUGAUUACUGGGUUCCCAACAGGGAAACAAUGCAGCCUGCUUUGGAGGAAGUGGAAGAAGCAAGAAGCAAAAACUCCCCUUCUUGUAAUGAUCUGCUUCGCCUAUGGGAGCUUUGAGCAGCCUUAUGGCUCGCCGUGUCCUUGGAGGUGCUGGAGAACCGUGGGGAUGUGGCACUGAGGGCUGUGGUCAGCGGGCACGGUGGGGUGGGCUGGGGUUGGACUUGGGGAUCUGAGAGGUCUUUUCCAACUGGAGUGAUUCCACGAUUCUUUCCCCAGACGCCAUCUGGUUAGAUACGGGCACGCUCAUCAAAAUAAAGAAAGGUUUUUGAAUACUUUCUGUGGGAAGAACUAGUGCAGAGGUGCAGGCGUCGAUGGGCAGGAGCCCGGUAGGGAUUCUGCUUGGGGUUUUCUCCCUUCCGGUGGCUCUGAUUUGCUCUCCUCUCCUGUGGAUGAGUCAUGGACACUGUUUCUGUAGCAACACUGCUGCCAAGGAGGGGGAUAAAGCUGUUGCCAUGGUGCUGGAUGGGCAGGAAUUCUGCAGAAGGAAAACACUUAAUAAUUAACUUGCAGACAGACGCAGCUCCAGACUUGUCUUUGUGCUCUGGGGAAGGUGCCCUGGGCUCCCUGCUUUCUAGUGCAGGGAAGGGCUUCAACGCCAUUUUCAGUGCCGAGGAAUGAGUCCUUGCAUGGGAUGAGCAUUGGUAGAGGGAAGAGGCCGUGCUUUGUCUGGAGAGAGGGGAGAUGGCGUGGGGAGGGGGAUCCUGCUCCAGGCAGUGCAGUCGGCUUAGUGCCCGUAAAGCUGCUUAGUGCUCGCAUUCUGCGAGAGGGCAGUUUUUUAAAUAGGCAAAGCCUCUUACCCUGAGAAGGCAAGGAUUUGGCGGAGGUACUGACUGCUCUCAGUGCCCUUAAGGAGAAAUGGAUCCAGAAGCAACUGGCACAAAGUUGGGAAAAGAUUACCUAUGCACUCCAGAGGAAAACGUUUACAAGAUCGACUUCACCAGGUUUAAAAUCCGGGACAUGGAAUCGGGCACAGUGUUGUUUGAAAUCACCAAGCCAGCAGCAUCAGAACGUGAGCACAAUGACAAGAAGGACGUUGACCCCAAUGCGGGACGCUUUGUGCGCUACCAGUUCACCCCAGCUUUCCUUAGGCUGCGGCAGGUGGGGGCCACGGUGGAAUUCACAGUAGGGGACAAACCCAUCAAUAACUUCCGCAUGAUUGAGAGGCACUACUUCCGCGAUCAGCUGCUGAAAAGUUUUGAUUUUGAAUUUGGGUUCUGCAUCCCCAGCAGUAAGAAUACAUGCGAGCACAUCUAUGAAUUCCCACAGCUCUCGGAGGAUCUCAUUCGAGAGAUGAUCCUCCAUCCAUACGAGACACAGUCGGACAGUUUCUACUUCGUAGAUAACAAGCUGGUGAUGCACAACAAGGCAGAUUAUUCAUACAGUGGAGGACCUUGAGCACGGGAUAGACAGCCAACCUGGGCUGGCCUUCGCUUUCCAAUUGAAGUCAUCAGGGACACCAACACCUUCGGUUCAGUUGCCUACAACGUCAGCUGGACACGGAUCCACCAACCAAGGACUCUGCCACAGUAGGAGUUUCAUGACCAAAUUGGCCAGUCUCAUCUCUUUCUGCUUCGGAGCAGACCCAGACCUUCAGAACUCUGAGCGGUUCUACGAUGCUACGUGAACUUUGGAUGCCACCUCCCUAUGUUCUUUAGGUGUCUGCUUCGAACAUGGCCUUGUGGGACCUGUGGGAUUUUGCCCUAAUUCUGCAGAUUUGUCUGCUUGCCCUCAUGUAUCCUUUAGGACGCGAUGGUUUCUCAGAGAAUGCAAUCUGAGAAACCGUGUGAAUGGACGGAUGCAAAUGCAGAGUUUUGUUCGGUUGGCUCUUGUUGUGAAUGCUUCAAAAGCGUGGCCAGUGCUAACCUGUGCAUCCAGCUGAAAACCUUACAAAGUCAAGUUUAAUCUUUGGAUUAUUUCUCUAAAAAAGCAUCUCAUCCCUUUGUUUUGCUCCUUCUAUGUGAUGUUUUUUAAAUCUUGGAAGCAAUGAAGACCACUAGUUUCGUCAGGUACUGUCCUUCUGCAUUUCAGAUGGAAGAAAAUAGUGUUGGGUGUCUACAAGCCCUCUCAACAUUCUCCAUUAAUUUCAGUUUUUGCAAACUGAAUCCAGAAUAAUCUGUUUUGUUUUUUUUUUUUUAAAAAAAGGAUUUUAGCUUUAUUUAACACUUUUACAUAGCUACCGUUCAGCCUGUCCAUGCUGUGUGUCAUACAUGUCUAUUUUCUUUCAUCUCUGCUCAACACUAAGACAAGGGCUUCAGCAAUGCUCGUUAGGGCAACACUAAUUUGUCUAGGGCAGUCAGAAAGCAUGGAACGUCCAACCUCUCAUUUGUAUCUGAACUUGAAGAAUGUUAUGUCAGCGUUUUCCCUUUGUUUUGCACCAAGUAUGAAUACAGGUGAAACAGCAACUCUAAUAAUGUAUGGCUUUAAGCUGCAGCAAAAAUUUAGCCCUCUCUGAAAGAAGUUUAAGAACAGCCUCGCACAAGUUUCUCAGGAUGCACUUCUUAGGAAGAUAUUAGUGCAGUGAAGUAGCAGCGGCAAUAGAGUAGUGCAUGCAAAACCAAACCUGAGAAAGUUGUGUAGGGUAAAAGCUUCCAUCCUUCACUUUUGCCCAAUUGCCUGAUGUCAUGAAACCCUUACUCUAAAGAUCAGUUCAGUGAUACUUAAAAAGAGACAAAAAAAAAGGCAGUUGCAGUCUGUAGAUAUUCCUAUAAAUACUUGAUGUCUCCAUGUCUGUUCCUGUGAGUUGAAGUGGAAUGUUACAUGUUAGCCUCAGAUACGUGUGGUUGUACUAAUUUUUAUAAAAUACCAUUUCCAGUCGUGACUAACAUCUUUCUGGUCACAGCUUCAGUCCAACAGGAGAGCUACCAAUGGUUUCAGAUGUAGCGUAAGAGCAGGGAGGCUGUGUGCUGUUAUUGGGUUGAGAUCACUCUCAGGUGUGUGCCCGUUUCAUAGCAUCACAGGAUCGUUCAGGUUGGGAAAGACCUCUCAGAUCCCCAGAUCCAACCCCACCAUGCCCACUGAGCACAUCCCUCAGUGCCACAACUCCAUGGUUCUCCAGCACCUCCAGGGGAGGGGACUCCCCCACCUCAAGGAUUCCAUUUCCUAAAGAAAAUACAAUGAAUUUAGGUUACAGCUUUUUUUCUUUUUAAGAUUGAUUAUUAAGAAAGUAUGGAGAAACCACUGAUUUGACACAGCUGCUAUCUUUCAGUAAUUCUUAUCCCAGUGAGACUUGUAUUUAUUGUUUUUUUUUGCUGGUAGUGGAUAAAACUUAACAUUUAGCCUACGGCUCUUUGAGGAUUGUGAAUAGUUUCCUCCUUAUUUCUGUUAUGCUUUGAGCUAUGGAUCAGCAAAUUUUAUAGCACAGUAAUGAUUGAAGUUGAAAAUAGUUCCAAAAGUCUCUGUCCUCCCCAUCCUUUUUUUUUUCUUCAUCUUUAUAUUCGAUGACAUUGUGCAGAUUUGAGCGUUGAUUAAUUUUGCUUUGACUCUCGAACGAGCAAAUUGAAGACAGAGUAUUUGUAAGUAGUGCCCUAUACAGUUUUAGGUGUUGCUUAUUGGUUUUAAUUAUUCCUGUCUCUCAACACUUUCCUGCUGUUUAUAAUAAUGAUUUUUAGCAAUGGUGCUUGGCCAGAGUUGCCAGUCUUACCUUUCAAACAGCUCUAUCAUCUUCAUAUAUUCCUAUAUUUUGAUGCAGACUCUUGUCAGUCUUGGGUUAUCCAACUAAGUAUCCUCUCUGUGUGACCAAUGCACAAAUCAUUGUUUGCUGAGCUGAGAUAGUCGUGUUCUGAUCCCUUUUUAUGCUACCUCCUUUUAAGUCUUUAGGAGUCCAAUAACUAAUUUCAUAAAAAUAUGACUGUAAUCAGCGAAAUAGGACCCUAUGAAAAAAGAACAUAAAGUUACCUUUUUUUUCCCAACAGUUUUGUUGAACGGACUUUCUGAUGUCCUGCAUUGUGUGGUUAAACACAAGAGGACAAACUAUCCGCUGCUGAUCUCCAUCCCAAAAUCUGCUUACUGUUCUGGUAGCUCGGAUUCAAUGGGUCUUAAUUUCAGACUGAUAGAAAAUUCAGUGUGAGUCACGUGGGAGAUAUUUUACUAUAUGUGUUUAUUGUCUUCUAACGUUAGGGAUACUUUAUAACAGGAAAAAAAUGUGGGGCAUUUUCAACAACAUCAAUUCCAACCUGUUUUAGCUUUGGGUGAGGAACUUUACCUUUUCAUUUCUUUCUGUUUUUCUAGAAGCCCCCACAAUUUCCUACAAAUAAAUUCUUAUUCCUAAGCCAAGGGAAACAAGAAGACGUUCCUAUGGGAUAUGCAGUGGAGGUGCUUUUGUGUUUCCCACUGCUGUGGUUAUCUUUAUCGCUCUGUUUCACACGGAAACGUGUUGUUUGCAUUUCUUUAAAAUCUACAGUUGCAGUAUUUACAAACAUGGCAGUUAUUGACCAAGAGGGAGUUUCCCUUAUAGUGCUGCAUAGCCAGGUGGAAAUCUAUGCUGUUGACUUGGGACAUUCUGCUUUUGCCCAUAAGCAGCACUAGAAUGAUGAUUGGUUUUUCUCAUUUUUAAAAUGAUUUUAAUUCUGAGCACUGUAGCUCUGUUUGUAUGAACCAGGAUGGAAAAUUGGGCUCUGGCUUUCUGAAUGUAAGAGGAAAAAAAAAAAAAGAAAACCACAUCAAAAUCCACCCAAGAUUCACUGUUAGUAGUGACUGUCAUCUCCCAUCAUGUGAUGCUGACUAUAUGUGUACUUACAGUGAAUUAAUCUUAGAUAAAGAAGUGGGUGCCAAUAGUGUCCUUUUUAAAAAAAGAAUAGGGAAGUUAUAACCCAAAACUUUCUUAUUUUAUUUGAAAUUAAUUUAAAUUUCAGAGUUUGUAAGGAAGAGUAAUGGUAAAACGUUUGUAGUUGGCUGCAUGUUCCACAAACUUUAGAGGGGGAAAUAGAACUAUUUAUUUUCAAGAAGAACACACCAAGAAUGGUUUAAAUUUUAGGAGUUUUGUUCUCCUCUCAUUGACAAAAGCCAAAAAUCAUUACCGUGUAUAUGCUGAGGAUAUCCUUUAUGUCAUGAUAUUUGUGAAAUAACUCCCCCCAGUGUGGAAAGAUUUAUCCUAUUCUUAAUGCAUGAAGUCUCUUCCAUUUUGGAAACUGUGAUUGCCAAAAAUUGAAAGAAAAAUGGAAACGGUGAGUUUACAAAAAAAAAACAAAGAGCCAUCAGAACUGUAUGCAUUGUACAAAUGGUAAUGAGACAGACUUACAUACACCAACUCCAGCAGGUAAAGUUAUCUCUGGGGAAAAAAUGAGGGAGGCAGACAAGGACAGAAAAAAUGUUAAUUGCUGCUGAUUGGAGCUCAAAGUUUUAAUGGCGUUGUAAGGGUAAAUGGUUUUUCUCUUGAGUUUUGGAGUGGGCAGGGCAUUGGGAUGGGGUGAUGCUUGAGGUCUCUUCCAGCCAUCCCAUGCUUCUACCAGCAGCUCUUCUCUGUACGCCCAGCACGAGCGCGAUUAAAUACAAAAGCACUGUUUCUACAAAUGUUUCCCUACGAAUCUGAUGUUAAAUCUCAUUGACAUUUCAUAUCAUUUUCUAAGCACGGAACUGUAUUUGAAGAGUGUGAUACUCAGUUACGUCCGAUAUCACAGCACAGCCCCAUGGAGCGUGGAACUGUGUGUCUGUAUCUGUUCAUGUAGUAACUGCCUCCCUAGAAUCACUGUGUUCAUGCCCACUGUGGUGUCUGCUCGUAUCCCAGUGCUACACUGAGGAACCCUGUUUUGAAUGUGACAUUGACUUUUUUUUUUUUUGCAUAGAGUCAGGAUUGUCUGUAUUAAAAUGUAUUUAUUAAAAAAAAAUAUAUAUAUAUUUUUUUUGUGGAAGGAGAGUAGGAUUCUAGUUAAGACGCCACUGAGAAAACGUUAGAAGCAUUUUUAUCCAGUCCAUUUCUAAUUCUUUGUAUCUUGGUAGCAGCCUGUUUCCUAGAACACCACCCACUGUGGCCAGUUUGGUGGCAGUGCAAUGUGGAGGGGCUGGUCUGCAGAAAACCGGGGGUCUUUGCUUCCUUCUGGGGCAGUGAGGAACUGGUUGGAAAUGAGGGGGUAAAAAAGGCACGUUGGCACUGAUUCCACUGUUGUGGCUUUGGUUUCAAUCUGCUUGACUUGUUUGCAGAUUGAUAAGGGGGGAGAGCCAAGAUUGAUGCUACAAUUCAGUCUUCCUGCAGGAGGAGAGAACUCAACCUAACCUACGCAAGGAUGGGGCAGGGGUGUACACUUGCUUAAUUGAAUAUUGGCAGUUUAGGCAUAAAGGUGCAUCUAGGCAAUGUGCUUUAACUUCUUCCAUGACCGAGGAAAAAUGGUUAAACAUGUCACUCUCGUUAGCAAGUGUUUCUUCUCCUGUGACAAAAUGAAAACGAAGCGAAAUAAAUUAUUGGUCUCAGA